AUUCAAAUUCAAAGAAGGCGUCCAUGUAUAAAUUCUUGCUCUUCACAUCAUAGCGUACAAUAUCAGCAUUUGGUUUCCCCGGGGCAGCCUCUGAGCAAGAUCUGCCCUUUUUUUCCUGUCAAAUUACUCCGUCUUCCUUCUGAUUUUCGUCGUGCAAAGUAAAAAUGGGUUUGUCUUUCACCAAGCUUUUCAGUCGGCUGUUUGCCAAGAAAGAAAUGAGAAUUCUUAUGGUAGGUCUUGAUGCUGCUGGUAAGACAACUAUAUUAUACAAACUCAAGCUGGGAGAAAUAGUGACAACAAUUCCUACAAUCGGAUUCAAUGUCGAGACAGUGGAAUACAAGAACAUUAGCUUCACUGUCUGGGAUGUUGGGGGUCAAGACAAGAUCCGACCAUUGUGGAGGCAUUACUUUCAGAACACUCAAGGCCUGAUUUUUGUGGUGGAUAGUAAUGAUCGAGACCGUGUUGUUGAGGCUAGGGAUGAGUUGCAUAGGAUGUUAAAUGAGGAUGAGCUGAGGGAUGCAGUGCUACUUGUUUUUGCAAACAAACAAGAUCUUCCAAAUGCUAUGAAUGCUGCUGAGAUAACUGACAAGCUUGGACUUCACUCUCUCCGCCAACGUCAUUGGUACAUCCAGAGCACAUGUGCUACCUCUGGGGAAGGGCUAUAUGAGGGGCUGGACUGGCUAUCCAACAACAUUGCUAACAAGGGAUAAAAAGAGAUGUUCGAAGAAUUUUGGUCUCUCAAAUCCUUGUUGAUGCUGAGGGAGACUGUCUUUUAAUUUUGUGGCUUUUGUUCAAAGCUAUCCCAUACUUAGACUACUUUUUCUUCAUAGAUAUUUGUUUAUGUAAUUUCAGCACUUACACCAUCUCUCAACAUGCUUCUUUGGCUGCAUAACUUCAACAAUGAUAAUACAUCUCUCUUUUCUGGGUUGAUGAAAUUGAUAGGUGGUUCAUGUUGGAUCUUA